AUGCCAUUCAAUCCAGCAGAAUCAUCAGAGGAGCCACCCCGCAAAAAGAUCCGGAAGGGGACUCGAAGCUGCUGGGAAUGGCGGGUUGUACAGCGAUUAGAUGCAGGAGUUGUGGCUGAGCGACAACCCUCGCCUUCUUGGGUUGGGCAAAGUACCAGAAGCGCAAGCCCACCUGGUAUAACUCCUAGCGCUCAAGAAAGCGCCCCGGUUUUAUCGCUGUUUAACAAUAGUCUGCCGGGAUUGCAUAGAUCGGAACCCGAGCAUAAGAACUCUACGCGUAGCGGAGAAGACCCAGAACUGCAGAAGUUGAGAACGGGCUUGUUAGCGUUAUUGCCAUCUCAACUAACUGUUGAUACCCUCGGCAGUGAGAAUGACUUGGCUGCUUUUUCCAACAAGCACCCGGUAGCCAUUGCAAAGGCGCUAUUAUGGAUCACGAUUUGCCUCCAGCAGUUGCCACCUAGCUUCGACAUCAGCUCUCUCGACCUUGCGAGGCCGUCGAAGGAGUUCAUAGAGCAAUGUGUCAGUGUGACUACAACAUUGGUCUGCUCACACGAUUCCCUGGUACGAAAUGUGGAUGGGUUAGAAUGUUUAGUCCUGCAGGCGAUCUUUCACAACAAUAAUGGGAAACUACGCCGGGCAUGGUUAUGCUAUCGCAAUGCUCUAAAUGUCGCUCAGCUUCUCGGGCUUCAUCGACCAAUGGCACAAGAACGAAAUGGACACUUAAGUCGUGGAAAGAAAAUAUGGAGACAUAUUCUUUUUGCCGACCGUUACCUGUCACUCAUGUUAGGGAUGUGUCACGGAACUUUCGAUGCUGCUCUCGAUAACCCAACUUCAGAUGCCAUGGACAAGCUCUUUUUAGCAGCCGGCUCGAUCAUUGAGCGAAAUCAGAUAUUUAACGGACAUACCCCCGACAUGAUUCGGAAGACGCAACUGAUUGACGCGGAACUAGCGGAAAUCAACCCCGGAGAAAUAAAUACCGUCUCGGUUGAGACUAGUUUUGAUGCUAAGACCUCUGUGACUGCCUACCAAUAUGCUAAGCUCAUGGCACAACUAUGGCAUUUUCAGUUGGUGGCCUGGCUACAUCUGCCACUCAUGCUAGACUCAACCUCACAGCAGCGGUAUGAAUACAAUAGACAAAGUUGCCUAGACGCCUCUCGACGCAUGAUUACAAUUUACAUAGCGAUUCGAAACCUCACAGGAGAAAGUUUCUGCUGCAAGUCCCUGGACUUUCAAGCCUUCACCGCAGCUGUUACCCUUUUGAUCAAUGUGCUGAGACCUGAAGGUCAUUCAUACCAUUCCAGCGAGGACCGGGAGGCUAUUAAUAAGGUCAUGGAAAUCCUGCAACGACUAUCAGCAUCCCAACCCGACGAUGUUGCGUCCCGUUCGCUGGGGGUGCUGCGUACUCUAAGAGACUUAUCAUCGGGCGAGACAAGUUCUAAUAGAACAACAGAAGACCGACCUACCAGUCUCAAGCUGUCCAUUCCAUAUUUCGGGACAAUAAUGCUGGAUCGCAAUGUGGAUCAAAGCACGACAGAUCCAGUACCAGAGACUGUAGUGGGGACUCUCGCCACAGUUUCGCAGUCAGGGGACUAUGCAGUAUCUGGUUCCCUCCGAAUAGACGAUGCAAACUUUUUGUACCAGGGAGGGAUGAGUGCAGAAGAGCAGAGCUCUGGAUUAUGGUCAUUUGAUCCCAACUUGGUCACGCAAUCUUACUUCUCUGCUGAAUUUAGUGAGGAUAUAGACUGGGGAUUUUAA